AUGGCACUGGUUCCCUAUGAUUGUGGCAGUGGAAGUGAUGGAGAAAUAACUGACGACGAGGAAGUUUCUUCAAAAUCUGAAGUAGUCUUGAAUGGAAAACCAGCUUCUCCAAAUCCAGCCUUAGCACCCAUUGACAGUUCCACACCGUCAACCAGUGGCCUUUUCUCGCAAUUACCUCAAGCAAAACCCGCCAGAUCAAAUAUAGCCGAAGAAAAUGACCAAUUGGAAGAUUUCAUUCCCACAGUGAAAACCCUAAAAGAAAAAAGGAAAGUACAAAUUACAAUUCCGUCUUUGUCAGACUUCGAUGAUUUCAAUAACAGUGAUGAACCUUCAACAAAACGUGCGAAGCCCUCGCAGAAAGGCAGCGGUUUAUUGAGUUUAUUACCGCCAGUACAAUCUGUGCCCAAGUCUAAUGUCACUUUCGUACCUGAUGCUGUGAAGAAGAAGAGCGCUCCUAUGGUACCUCGAAUGGUGGCCAAAAAGAAAGCAAUAAUUUCCGAGUCUGCCAAAAAGGCUCUGUCAGCGAAAACUACCAAAAUUAGUACAGCAAGCGACAGUGAUACAGACAAUGAAGACAUCCCAUUACCUGAUAGUUUUGACGAUAAAAUGUGGGAAAAAGUUUGUGGUCGUCCGAAACCCAAAAAACCUAUCAUUGAAGUUGUCCAGAAAUCACAUCAACCCGAACCUGAAGAAUUAACGAUUGCACCUGAUCCUGAAAAACCUUACGAUGGUCUAGACAACGAAGCCUUCAAAGAACUAAUAGGAAAAUCCAGGCGGCCAAUAGGUAACAUCAAACUAAUCGACAUUAAUGAAGACGACUCAAUGCCAGACAGAGAUUUAAUGAUGACCAAGUCCUUGACUGAUCCGGAUCUCGCUCCCAAACCGCCAGAGGAUGAUGGUACCAUAGAUUCUACUAAAAAACGAAAACAUCAUAUUACGUUUUUGGCCCAGCAAGCCAAGGCUAAAGAGCAGGAAUUGAAGGCUGCGUGGGCCACUAGCAGGAGUAAUAGGAUGAUGAGUCGAGCUAAGUAUGGAUUUUAA